AUGGAUUUUCCAGGCCCAGAACGUCCUCAUGCCCAGCUAAUUGGUCACGGGGAACGGCCUUUCCAGGCCACGUCUUUGCCUCUUGGUGGGUUCCCCAGGCCCAGAACUUCCUCAGGCCGGCCUCUCCAGGCCCAGUUGCAGCCUCCUGGCCUCCUGACCAGGCCAAGCUCCUCCUGCUCCACGCAGCGGCCCCAGGCCCAUCUACCUCCCAAAGGCCCACUCGGGCCCAGCCUCUGCCUCACAGCGGACUCUCCACGCCCAGCGCUCGCCUCACUGCGGCCUCCCCAAGCCAGCGCUCCUCCUGCCUUUCCGCAGCUCCGACAGCCCCGCUUCUGCCUCCCAGUGGCCUCUUUAGGCCCAGCUCAUUCGUCACGGGGAAGGGCCUUUCCAGGUCCUGUCUUGGGCUUCUGGUGCCUCUCCAGGCCCAGAUCUUCCUCAGGCCGGCCUCUCCAGGCCCAGUUGCGGCCACCCGGCCUCCUGUCCAGGCCCAACUCAUCCUCCAGUCGGCCUCCGCUGGGCCAGCUCCUGUCUCUCGGCGGCCUCUCCAGCUGCCAGACUUUCUCAGGUCAGCCUCUCCAGGUCCAGCUCCUCCUGCCUGCCACUGGCCUCUUCAGACCCAGCCCCGCUCACGCCUCUGGGCGGCCUUCCCAGGCCCCGCUUCUGACUUCUGGCGGCCUCCUCGGGCCCAGGACUUGACCUCCAGUCGGCCUCUCCAUGCCCAGCCUCC